AUGCAUUUAUUAUUCCCCAAAGCUGGUGAUCUACAGGCUUGCUUUCAGACUCUUGACAGGAUGCUUGGUCUUCACAUGUCACCUACAUCAAACCCUAUAACAAAGAGUCAGUUUUCCGCCUUGGAACGAGAUGCUAACAAAAAGCUUUUUAAUUCGGCGAGAAAUGAAUGGGGUUUAGUAGCAGAAACCAAAAAAAGAGAGACAUUGGCUCCCGUCCGACCAGACAGCUAUACUCUAGCAGCGGCCCUCAGUGCUGUAUCCUCUUCCUUAGUCCGUGAAUCAAUUCUUUCUUAUCAAGAAUCAGAGUGA